GUCAUGCACCGCGAGCGCGGCCGGGCGCGCCGCCCGCACCAAGCCGCCGUCCGCGCUCCCAGGUGAGAGGAGAGAGGGUUCGGCACGGGACCGGGGAGCGCCGGGAGGCGGCGGCGGCCCGCAAGGCUGGGCCGGGGUGCAAUGGCAGCCUCCUCCUCAUCCUCCUCGGCCGGCGGAGUCAGUGGCAGCUCCGUGACAGGGUCGGGGUUCAGCGUUUCGGACCUGGCGCCGCCCCGGAAAGCCCUCUUCACUUAUCCCAAGGGAGCCGGGGAGAUGCUGGAAGAUGGCUCUGAGAGGUUCCUCUGCGAGUCUGUGUUCAGCUUUCAGGUUGCGUCAACAUUAAAGCAAGUGAAGCACGAUCAACAAGUCGCAAGGAUGGAAAAACUUGCCGGUCUGGUGGAAGAGCUGGAGGCAGAUGAGUGGAGGUACAAGCCAAUAGAGCAGCUCUUGGGAUUCACUCCCUCCUCAGGCUGAGCAUGUCUGGAUUACUGCUGUCAGGGAGCAGAAGAAAAAUGUUCUCUGGCCUGGCUUCAAAACACCCCCCAUUCAUCAGAUGCUGACAGCUGCAUCAGCAGAACGGGGCUUUGGGUUUUUUUGAGAGUGGGGAUCCCCCGUAAAGCUGCCAAUAAAUGGAAAUGACAAGAUUCUGUAGAUCCUUACAGGCUGGCAGGGCUUGGUUUCUGUAACUUAGAAGGCAGGAUCAUCUGUACAGCCCCCAGAGAAUCUCCAUGGUGUUUACAGAGGAGGGCACACGGACAGUGUGGCUGCGGGAGGGCGACCCCGUAACUCAGGUUCCCGCUGGAGCACAGCCGGAGCGCUGGGUGAGCGGGGAAACCCUCUGGAACAAAUGCUAGAAGCACUCGUCAGCCCCUGCCAUUGUUCUGGGGGAUGGACACAAACUGUCCCAGUGUGGGGUGAGGGGCCAAGUGGUGUCACCUGCUCCAGCAGUGCCUCAGCCAUUGCCCAAGCCGUUCCCUCUUCAUCACCGUUCCUCUGGCAGUGCUGCCAGGACACUGCUCUGUCUCUGAAUACCCUGAAACUUUGUCCUCUUUGUUCAGUAUUAGAUUUCUCUGUGACAAUAAAAUAACUGUGUCUUUGAAAC